AUGCUCGGACAUAUCGCCGGAAGACCCUCGCCCUCCUGGGAUAAGAUCCAAGCGAUCGUCGUCCUCCUCAUGAGCUAUGUCGCACUCAGGAAGGUCCCAGCAGCAGGUCCGCGUCCAUUCCAGAAGCUCCAUAACCUCCUGAAAACAUAUACGCCGUGGCAGAUCCUCAUCGGUGCCCUCACCACGUUGUACGCUGCACACCACGCCGAUCUCCUCCUCGGUCUUACCCCCGCCGAACCCGAAAAAAAGAUGUUCUCGCGUAGGUACACGCCUGGAUACACCAGAGGCCUCUGGAUCCUCUCCGCCCUCGACGCAGGAUUCUUCACCUCCCAAAACAUCCGCCCCAAACCCCUCCGCGACACAAUGUCCGCCAUCUUUUCCAUCUUCUACCUCUUCUUCCCUAAACGCGCCGUCGAGAAGAACAACAUGAUGUUGAAGGUCAUCACGGCGACCCAUAUGCGUCGGUCCUGGGAGAAGAUGUUGCACCCUGCUAUUCGGUUGAUGACCUGGAUCAAUGCGCCGAGGUUGGGGAUUCGAAGGGAGAUUGUAGUUCGGCUGUCGAAGGGCGAGGGGUAUCAUUCGGAUUCGGAGGUUGUAGUCACGAUCUUGUUCAAGGGUACCGAGGAGGAGUAUGCUUCUUCUGAAUCUAUCAUCCUCGACAUUCCAGGUGGCGGAUUCGUCGCCAUGCGUCCUUCGUGUCAUGCGGAUUACUUGAUGGCGUGGGCUGGACAGACAAAUAUCCCCAUUAUCAGCAUCGACUACAAGAAGGCUCCCGAGUUCCCCUUUCCCCACGGCCUCAACGAGUGUUUCGAUAUCUACAAGUUGAUCGUCGCAACCAAGGGAACCUGCAUUGGACUGAAGGGCGCAGUCCAACCCCGCAUUGCCCUCACCGGUGACUCUGCAGGAGGCACGUUCGCGGCGUCGGCGAUGAACAUGAUUAUCGAGCACCGCCCAGUACUUCCCAAGCCCGUGGGUCUGUUGAUGGUCUACCCCUGCAUGCACGUCGGUCUUGACUUCUGGAUCAGCAACAGCGACUUGGCAGUCAUCGAGGAAGAGAUCGAGCGCGGACAUAUUCCUGAGGAUAUCCUGAAGGCGCGUCCUGGACGUGGAGAUGGCAUGACCCUGAACAGCAAGGCUGCCUUCAUGGAUGACCAAGUCCUUGGUUCUUCGUUCCUACGUGCGUUGAUGGUGAUGUACAUUGGAGGGGACACAAAGCUGGACCACAAGUCAAACUACCUGGUCUCACCCAUCUAUACACCGGAUCACAUCCUGGCACAAUAUCCCCGUACCUACAUCAUCACUGGCGAGAAGGACCCCCUGGUCGACGACUCGAUUAUCUUCAUGGCCAAGAUGCGUCGCGCCAAGCGCGCAGCCGGGGCAGAUCUCGAGAGCGACACCCUCCGAAUUGUCUCUGGUGUCUCGCAUGCGUUCAUGCAGAUGACUGGCGUCGUCCCCGAGAUGAAGGAGCUGGUCCGUGUUGUUGGUGAGGAGCUUUUGGAUAUGAUCAAGGCUCCUCAGGUUCAACUGGGAGUCCAGGCAUGGGGUGAUGCGAGUGUCCAGUCGGUUAAGGAAGGUGGGGAGGAGUCGGAUCUGGGAUUGGUCAAUGUGCGUCCGGCAACAUUGCCGAACCCUCGUCAGACCAGUGCUGCGGUCUUGAAGUGGGAGCAGGAAUUCACUCGCGAUGCCGUUACUAUCUACGAGCACCGCCGUGUUGCCUACUUGGACCAGCUCGGCAUUGAUACUCACGACGACGACAGCGGUCAUAUCUGA